ACGGCACGGCGGCCGAAGCGCGGCCCUAUCGCUGCGUUGAGCGGCUCGUACAACCUACCGGUCGACCUGACUCGCCGUACGCAAAGUUGCGCAAGACCUGAGGCCGUACCGAGCAAGCACAAAGGAGUGCUCUCUGAAGCAAAAUGAAACGCAGCCAACAACAGGCCGCAGCGAUCGCCGCAACCGCCGGCGCCCUCGCAUUACUCGCAGCCAAGCGCCGCGGCAUCAGCCUCCAGAAAUGGCUGCGCGUGCAGGCCGAAAUCGCACAGAUUAUCGCACAAAACGCAACCAAGGACGGAAACUGGCGGUGGUCUCGCUUAAGAGAACUGCUCUUCCUGGCGUCUCUAGAAAGAGCAAGAAGACUGGAAGUAGCGGAGGCCGACGCGAAAGCGCCAAACGAUAAAGAUGCGGUGUACCGGUUGCACCCUUUAACGCACGUGAGGACGCAGCGCCAACUCUCAUCCACAGGGACAAAGGACAUGAUGGCCUUGCGGAUGGAGGCUGAUGCAAAACCGGUCGUCACGGAUCUGGUGCUCGUGGGCGGCGGCCACGCGCACGUCCAUGUCUUAAGGAUGCUCGGCAUGUGCCCGAUGCCAGGAGUUCGUCUCACAUUAAUCACGAGGGACGUGGAAACCCCAUACUCGGGCAUGCUCCCGGGCCACGUCGCCGGCGUCUACUCGCGACGAGAGGCCCACAUCGACCUGAACAAGCUCGCUCGAGUGGCACGGGCUCGACUCAUAGCCGGCGAGGUGACGCAUAUUGACAGUGAUGCACAAUUGCUCCACCUCAAGGACGGUCGCCCACCUCUACCGUACGAUGUAUGCUCAAUAAACGUCGGCAUCGCGCCGUCGAAGCCGGCUGCGUAUGUAACUCCAGUCAAGCCGAUCGCGACCUUCGCUCAAAAGUGGGACGCGCUGUUAUCGAGGCUCGACGACGAUGCGAGCUUCCGGUUGGUCGUCGUGGGCGGCGGUGCGGGGGGUGUCGAACUUAUAUUAGCCAUGGUCGCGCGAGUCUCUGCGGAGUUGCGACGACGAGGACGGUCAUUAACGUGCCUGUCCGCUACUUUGGUCGCAAGGUCGUCGGAACUGCUCCAGGGCCACGCUGUCGGAGUGAGGCGUUUAUUGACCGAAGCCGUGCGGCGAAAGGGCAUCCGCGUCUUACUGUCGCAUGAGGCCCUCGAGACGUCGACAGAUAAUGGCGAGAAGGUCCUCACGUGUCGCCAUGAAGGCCGCACUGUGUCGAUACCUUUUGACGAGUGCGCGUGGUGCACGCAGGCGGCCGCGCCUGAAUUCCUAUCAAGGAGCGGCUUGGAUUGUGAUGAGAGAGGCUUCCUCAGGACGAACCUCAAACUCCAGUGUCUGCAGAACGACAUUCCACAGAGAGUCUACGCGGCCGGCGACUGUAGUACAGUUGACGGGCAUCCGAGACCAAAGGCGGGCGUCUUCGCGGUGAUGGCGGGGAUGGCUUUGUACCAGAACCUCGUGGCCGACCUUAGGGGAGAGGAGUUCGUGGAGCAUGUUCCGCAGACGCGACUGUUGGCUUUAGUCGGUCUUGGUGAUGGGACUUGUGUGGCUUCUCGAGGAGAUUUAGCUUUGGAGGGUGAAUGGUUGUAUCGAUUGAAGGACUGGAUCGACCGCAAGUGGAUGUGGCAGUACACCGGUGGCUUGCCUUCACUAGAUGAGGAGGAGGAUGUCGAGGAUGCAAUUGCUUCUCGCGCGAACGCCCUCGACGUCCUCCGCAAGACGCCGAUGCGCUGCGGCGGCUGCGGCGCCAAGGUUGGUUCGAACACGUUGACCAGGGCCUUGUCGUCCUUGCCGGACGUGCCCUCGUCGGAUAGAUGUGUGGUGGAGGUCGGACUCGAUGCCCCCGACGACGGCGCCGUCGUCGCCUACGACGACACGCGACUCGUGCACACCGUCGACUUUUUUAGAUCAUUCAUAGGAGACGCCUACGUCUUCGGCCAGGUCGCGGCGAACCAUGCUUUGUCGGAUUGCGACGCCAUGGGUGCGAAGCCCGCUUCCGCCCUCGCGCUAUGCGUCGUGCCGUAUGGGGGGGAACGACAGACCGAAGAUUCAUUGAGGCAGAUGAUGGCUGGGGCACGAAAAGCUCUAGAUGAAGCUGGUUGUUCGCUAGUGGGAGGCCACACGUGCGAAGGGAGUGAACUCGCUCUUGGAUUUGCCAUAAACGGUUCCAUAGAUGAGGUCCUGGCCAAGGGCAAUCUCCAACAGGGAGACGCUCUGAUACUCACGAAACCCUUAGGCACGGGCGUCGUCUUCGCCGGCGACAUGCGCGCCUUAGCUGACGCGUCUGACGUCGCCGAAGCUUUGCAGGGGAUGUGCCGGUCGAACGCUCAUGCCGCGGCUACCUUACGGCGGUUCGGGUGCCUCGCGUGUACCGAUGUGACAGGUUUUGGAUUGAUUGGACAUUUAGCUGAGUUGUGCCGCGGGUCAAAUGGGGCGCGCGUGCGUAUCGAUUUGAAUGACGUGCCCAUGCUACAAGGUGCGCGGCGGCUGGCCUCGAUGGGUGUUGUGUCCUCUUUACACCCGGAAAAUUUAAGAGCGCGGCGCGCCGUGGCGAACCACUCUGAAGGCAUCGAAGCAGGUGCGGCGUACGAGCUGCUCUACGACCCGCAGACCGCCGGCGGGCUCCUCGCGGCGGUGCCCGUCGAUCGGGCCGCGGCCUGCGUCGCGGCUCUACGCGCGGGCGGCGACGCCUCCGCGGCGGUCGUCGGGGAGGUGCUGUCAUCCAAUGACUCGUCCGCGUUCCCCGCGGCGAUCGAGAUUAACUUGUAAUGAUGUUUGCA